AUGAUGGGAAAGAACAUCUGGUAUCGGCUACGAAAGAGGAAAGUUGUUUACGACGAUCACGUACUCGAAGAGUCUUUGUCCCAAUGUAGUGGCACAUCGAGGAGGACUCAAUCGUUGACUACAAGAUGCGGCUCAGAGGAUUACGAGCCUCUGCUAAAUGUGCCUCGAAUCCCGUGCGCAACAUACUUCGAUCAAAUUUCAAAGACCAUCGAGGAAAGAAUUGCUGGAAAGGGGAAGGACUUUGUUGGGUUGAUCCGAAUGCAUUGUACACCGAGCGAUUAG